GGAGGUCGGAGCUGCGGAUUUCGGGGUCCCGGGAUUCGGAGCUGGGGGGUCCCGGGAGGUCGGAGCUGCGGAUUUCGGGGUCGGGAUCGGAGCUGCGGAUUUCGGGGUCCCGGGAGGUCGUCGGAUUUCGGGGUCCCGGGAGGUCGGAGCUGCGGAUUUCGGGGUCCCGGGAGAGCGGAUAUAGUGAAUGCGGGGUCCGGGGAGAGCGGAUAUAGUGAAUGCGGGGUCCGGGGAGAGCGGAUAUAGUGAAUGCGGGGUCCGGGGAGAGCGGAUAUAGUGAAUGCGGGGUCCGGGGAGAGCGGAUAUAGUGAAUGCGGGGUCCCGGGGAGAGCGGAUAUAAUGAAUGCGGGGUCCGGGGAGACCGGAUAUAGUGAAUGCGGGGUCCGGGGAGAGUGGAUAAUAGU